AUGAGCCAAAAGGCACCCUACCCGCCCAAAGUUUGGGCCUUGGGCGGAAAAAGCGAUAAAUCCAUCGAUAUUCCCGUGACAGCAAUCUGCCUAGCCCUCUACAUAUGCGGCGCGGCAAUGCACAUGACGAUUCUUCAACUGAACCAGCGGCGAGACCACAAGUUCCUAUUCAACGGUGUUUUGUUCGGCUUCUGCAUGUCCCGCAUAGUCACCUGCAGCCUCAGAAUCUCAUCGAUCGUAUAUUCGCACAACAUUCGCCUCGCGAUCGCAGCACAAAUCUUUACCGCUGCCGGCGUGCUACUUAUCUUUAUUGUCAACCUGCUCUGGACACAGAGGCUCGUACGCUCUCUGCACCCUCACUUCGGGUGGCACGCAAUUCCAUCGACUAUCCUUAAGAUGCUCUGGCCAAUCAUCGCGCUUACGCUCGCCGCGCUUAUUACGGCGACGGUGCAGAGUUUCUACACGCUGAGACCGAGGACGCACUUCAUCGACCGCGCAGUGCAACUCUACGGCGUCACAUUCCUGGCUGUGAUUUCAUUCCUCCCGCUCCCAAUUCUCGCUAUCGCUUUUGCCGUACCGCGGAAACGAAGCCACGACAAGUUUGGCGCAGGGCGGCUGAGGAUCAAGGUUGCGGUGCUCGUAGCGGGCACGAUACUCGUGUGUUUUGGCGCAAGCUAUCGCGCGGGGACUUCGUGGCUGACUCCUGUGCCGAUGACGCAGCCGUUGCCUGCUUACUACCACAAGGCCGCAUUCUACUUUGUUGAUUUUGGGGUCGAGAUUGCAACGGUGUUCUUGUAUGCGAUUAUGCGUGUGGAUCUCAGAUUCCAUGUGCCGGAUGGCGCCUCGGGGCCGGGAAGUUACUCGAGCAGCGAGAGAUUGGGGGGGAAGGCGGAAGCUUGA